GUAGGUUAGGAAAGCCACACAAAGGAAAAUAUAUUUUAAUCCAAUAUGCAGCCUUUGCUUCAUAGAAUCCGCUCCAUCCACGUGUCGCAGGUCCUCCGGACUGCAGCCAAGACAGAUCUCCGUGGGAUGCGUGAAAAGCUGAAGUUCGAGUUCUCGGAGGACAAUAAGCGGAGGGUCAAGGCCCUGUUGGCCUGGUAUCCAGAAGCCGAGUGGAAAGGAGCCCUGAUACCCCUCCUGGACAUUGCACAGCGGCAGCAGGGAUGGCUUUCGAUCAGCGCCCUUCAUGCCGUGGCCGAGGUUAUAAAGAUUGACCCAAUGGAUGCCUACGAAGCGGCCCAGUUCUACACCAUGUUCUUCAUGAAGCCACGCGGGAAAUAUGUGGUCAGUGUUUGCACUUCGACGCCUUGCAAGUUGCGCGGAGGCGAUGAAAUCUUUGAGGCCUGCAAGAAAACCCUGAAUCUGGAGCAUGGCCAGACCACUCCGGAUAUGCAGUUCACUCUGAAGGAGGACUACUGCAUGGGCGCUUGUGUAAAUGCCCCUGUCCUGGCCGUUAAUGAUGAUAUGUACGAGGAUCUGGACGAGAAGAGUCUGGGCGACAUCCUGGCGGAUCUAAGAUGUGACAAGCUGCCGCCCGCUGGUCCGCGUAAUGGGAGAUUUGCCAGCGAGCCGAAGGGUGGACCCACCACCCUGAAGACCCAGCCACCGCCUCCUGGUUUCAAGAUGCAGGAACUGUCAGAUCCGAAGACCAAGAAGUGCCAGUAGCCAUUGAUUAAGUCUUAAAGCAAUAAAUUCCCACUGCCAUCGGGAAAGCAA